CGGCUCGGUGGAGUUCCCGCCCCGGAGCACUGUGGGCCUUUGAGUCUUUUGUGGCGGGAGCAGUCCCGCCUCCGGGUACAAGGCGGGCCUCGUAGUCUCGCGGGAGUCGGCCCAGGUGAGGUCUCUUCACCCUCGCGCGCCCGGGAAUGCUGGGUAACUUAGUCCCGAGACCCGGUGCAUUGUGGGAUAGCGUUCUUUCGCGCUCUUGCGUCCUUGGUAAGUGCGGCCUUUUUCGAUCUGCUCGGGCAUCAAGCAUCUUUGGGAGAGCAUCCAGGAAACCAAGAGUAUGGGCCCAGGGCCCCGUAGAACCAGGAGCAAGAGUCCACUUGGCAUCUCCACAGUAUAGUCAGCCCCCUUUGCUUCACGAACUCUUGUGGGACUGGAAGGAGAUAGUUCCUGAGAAUCCUGAAAACCAGUUGAGUGUGGACUUGAUCUUGGAACAGACUUUCUUUGUUGAGGAUCUUGAGGUGGACGUGUUACUAGUCACCUCAGCAGUGCCAAGCGGGCACUUUAUACAACUAUAUCAGUCACACAAAAUAAUGUUAAUGUGCAAGACCGUAACAACAGGGAAGAACUUUCUAACUGUGGACGCCGCUGCUAAAUAAGCAUCGUUGAGGUCUCUCCUUAACCUACUGAUUAACCAUCACUGAGGUCCCUCCUUCACUUGCCAUCAUGUCUAAAUCACAGUCUCCCAAAGAGCCAGAACAGCUGAGGAAGCUCUUCAUCGGGCAUCUGAGCUUUGAUACCACCAGUGAGAGCCUGAGGAGCCAUUUUGAACAAUGGGGGACACUCACAGACUGUGAGGUCAUGAGACACCCAGACACCAAGGGCUCCCGAGGGUUUGGGUUUGUCACAUACGCCACUAUGGCAGAGGCAGAUGCAGCUAUGAAUGCAAAGCCACAUAGAGUGGAUGGAAGAGUCGUGGAGCCCAAGAGGGCCCUCUCAAGAGAAGAUACUCACAGACCCGGUGCCCACAUGAUGGUGAAUAAGAUUUUCGUUGGUGGCAUUAGAGAUGACACGGAAGAACAUCACCUACGAGAUUAUUUUGAACAAUAUGGGAAGAUUGAAGUGAUUGAGAUCGUGACCGACAAAGGCAGUGGCAGAAAGAGAGGUUUUGCUUUUGUCACCUUUUAUGACCAUGAUUCUGUAGAUAAGAUAGUCAUUCAGAAAUACCAUACCAUGAAUGGCCACCACUGUGAAGUAAGAAAAGCCUUAUCUAAGCAAGAUAUGACUGGCCCAAGGGGUCGAAGUGGGUCUGGAAAUUUCUAUGGUGGCCGCGGAGGAGGUUUUGGUGGGAAUGACAACUUUGGCCGAGGAGGAAACUUUAGCGGUUAUGGUGGCAGCCGUGGCUACGGUGCCAGCGGGGAUGGCUACAAUGGAUUCGGCUAUGAUGGUUUUGGAGGUGGUGGGAGCUACAAUGAUUUUGGCUACUACAACCAGUCCUCAGGUUUUGGACCCAUGAAAGGAGGAGGCUUUGGAGGCCGAAGUUACGGCCCUUAUGGUGGUGGAGGCCAGUACUUUGCCAAACCACGAAACCAAGGUGGCUAUGGCGGUUCCGGCUAUGGCAGUGGCAGAAGGUUUUAGUCGCCCGAAAACAGCUUAGUAGGAGAGGAGAGCCAGAGAAAUGAUAAAGAAGUUACAGGUUUCAACAGCUUUGUGAACUCAGACAAGUACAGUCGUGGCAGGGCCUAGCUGCUACAAAGAAGACGUGUUUUUUUUUUUGUUUUUUUUUUUAAGACAAUAUUCUUGUGUAAGGAAAAAAAUUCAAGGACUGUAUUUGUGACUAGUAGUAUAGUAGUUAUUUUAGUUUCUGUUCUAUGGAAAGUUUAAAGCAUUCCAACAAGAUUUUAAUGUAGUUUUUCUUUUCCUUUUUUUUUUUUUUUUUUUUUUUUUUGCACCCAUGCUGUUGAUUGCUAAAUGUAGUAGUUUGAUCAUAACGUUGAAUAAAUGUCUUUUAAAAAAUA